CGUAUAUUAAACAAGUUACUCUUGUUACUCUUGGCUGAUGUUUGUGCGGUAAAGUGCUUACUGAAAACUUUUUUCUUUGUUUUCUUUGGUUGCUUUUCGCUGUAGAGACACUGCAGAGCUUACUUUCUUGCUAUAGUAGCGGAAAAGUCGUUUAACAGCAGUAAACCGGGAGAGAGUAGAAGUGUGAAUUUGCUCCUAACAUGGGAGCUUUGUUUUCUCGUUGGCGGACCAAGCCAACAACUGUGGAGGUGUUGGAAGGCCUUGACAAGGAUAUCCAUAUCCUUGAGGAGCACAGAGAAAAGAAUCAGAAACAAUUGAAAUUAUGGGUCUACAGAUUGCUUCUAUAUUCAGUCAUUCUGUACCUGUUAGCCUGCAUUGUUGUUUAUAUGUGGUACAUCCCUGAACAGCUAAUGGGGAAACUAAUAUUGGCUUCACCAUUUUUAAUAUUUCCACUGCUUGUAUGGCUUCUGAGAAAACUGUUGAUUAUGUUAUAUACAAGAAGAACAGAAAGAAAUGUUGAAAAAUUAGAAGAAUUGAAAUCUGAAAAAAAGAAAAUACUUGAGCAAGUUAUGGAAACAGAAACCUACAAAAAUGCCAAAUUGAUAUUAGAGCGGUUUGAUCCAGAUUCUAAGAAAAAAAUUGAGCUGGAUGCUACACCGAUCGGACCCUCUGUAACUCCUAGGCAAGGUCAAGAGCUUCGUCAGAGGCAUAUGACUCCUCGCCCUCCUGUUCCUGUGACUCCACACCUAGCAGUAGUAGCACGUCCUCCUCCUGGCCCAACUGCCACUGCUGCCCUGAUCUCAGCACCUGGUGGACCUCCAGAGAGGAACCUGUCUACUUCUGCCCAGCACCAUAUCCUGCUGAGGAGAAAUGCUACCCCUACAGGUUCCCCAGCCCCUGGUGUGGGAAUGCAUCCUCCUGGCCCACCCCUGCCACGGCCUGUACUCCCUCGAAAUAGAGGAACUUUGGACAAGCUUGUUGAAUACCUAGUAGGUGAUGGCCCCCAGAAUAGAUAUGCCCUAGUAUGCCAGCAGUGUCUCUCUCAUAAUGGCAUGGCAUUAAAGGAGGAAUUUGAAUAUAUUGCAUUUAGAUGUGCUUACUGCUACUUCCUGAAUCCUGCCCGGAAGACACGCCCCCAGGCUCCACAUCUACCUGAAUUUAGUGAAGCCAAGAUAAACCUAGGACCAUCUGCUGUUGCUAUGGAGACAGACCAAAAUGCAUCCACUUCUUCUCAAGCAGAGGAUAAAUCUGAGUCCAUUGGUCCUGUAGAGGAAGAAAAGUCAAGUGAGCAUCCGGCAGAAAACCAAGCAGAGAAUUCAGUACCUGUAGAACCAGUCACCACUCUCUCGGACCUUGCUGACAAAUCGGACAAUGAACAAGAUGUGUCUGCUAUGGAGGUGGAAUAAAGAAUAUCUGUGAAUGUGCCUAGUCCCUCUGAAAAGUUGUGUGGUUUGAGUAUCUUAAAAGUUUAUAGCUUUGAUUUAGCCUAGUUUACCUAUACAUUUAUUAUUUUCCUUUUUUUUUUUUUUUUUUUUUAAACUAGAAUAUGGAAGUUGAAAGAGAGAAAUGCAUAUCAAGUGUUGGUUUUCAGGUGUAUAUAGAUAUUUUUUUUUUUAUGUUGAAUUAAAUCAGCAACAGUUUGACCGUUUACGUCUGUUAAGAAUGCACUUCUGUCUGUCGUGAAUUUAAAGUGUUUUUCUUUAAGGAGAAUACCUUCUCAGUGGUCCUCCAUUUAAAAAAAGGAGAAAUGCAUGAGUACUGUUUAUAACUGAAUGUAUUAACUUGUUUCACCAUACGAUAUUACAAAACUUUUGCUCAGUUGUGAUAUUUACGGAUGUUUACAAUUUACAGUGUCGUUUUUGAAGGUAUGUAGUAGGUUAUAUAGUUUUCUACGUACCUGCAGUGAGAUGAGUUUCAUGUUUACACAUAUUAAGCUAGUCAUUAAAAGAAAUCCACAGCUAUUUAUUUACUUAUAGAAUCUGAACAUAGAGCAGUAUUGUGUACUGUAUGUAUGUGGUGUUCUAUUUGAGAUUUGUAAAGAAUAAAUAGAAUUAUUUAAUUGCAACAUAUGAAUUUUUUUGUGCUGCAUUUUCACAAAUAAAACUAGUUUUAAAUAUGCCCUUAAGGUUUAUUUUUUUUUUUUUUUUAAGUCGUCUAGAUUUAACUAGAGCACAAGUACAAUCUUCAAAAGACUUUAUGAUUUUAAUGUUCAAGUGGCUUUUGUAUACAUUUUGUUGUGCCCUGUUGUAGAUAUCACCUUAUUAACUUUGCACAAGGGGAAAUGUUAAGCUUGUUAAAAGAUGUGUGGUUUGUUGUGAGAGAUUAGGGGUCAGUGACACUGCCCAGCUGAAUACUUAACUGAACCUGCAUUUCUAGAGAGGAAAAAGCAUGUGUCCUCUAAAGAAAUUGGUUGUUAGGGCUGUUAGUGGGCUGCUUUAUUGCUUACUCUCUUUCCUAUCUGUGUUCCAGCUAUCCUGAUAUGGAAGGACAUUGAAGGGAAUCUGUUAAAACACAGUCCAUUUUCAUUAGCUGGUCUAUUUUGGCUUGUGAUCAUUUUAUUUUAUCUCAUUGAUCAUUUCAGACAGUGUUAGAUAAUGGGACUGACACGCAAGCCCAACCCAGCUUGAUUGCUUGACCCUCUUCAUUUGCAACAAGAGAACUAUCUCUACACAUGUUGCCCCCACUGACAAACACACACAUUUUUGUUUUUCACUCCUGCACACUGGCUCUUAGGUUAUCCUCCCACAUUUGUCUUUGGGUUUUGAUAAUGCAUGUUUACAGAGACAUGACCCCCUGAGUGUGGCAAUGCAUCACUGUCAGCAGGACAGUAGCACCUGAUUCCAGCGCACUCCAUCUCAGCUUGACCCCUGACAUUCAUGGGAGGGGGGGAGGGGGUAGAAUCAG